AUGCCUCAUCUCGCCAAGCUCAUGCCCAACUACGUGACAGCGUCCAUCGCCCUGUCGUUCGGGGGCUUCCUGAAUGGCUACGACACGGGGUGCAUUGGCGCCAUCGUCCAUAUGGAGCAGUUCGCGGCGACGCUCGGUGCUCUCUCCGCCACCGUCCGUGGCAUCACCGUGUCCGUCAUCCUCCUGACGGGCACUGUCCCCUCCUUGUUCGCCGGACAGCUCGCCGAUAAGCACGGCCGUCUCCGCGUUAUCUUACCCGGGGCUGCGCUCUUCGGCCUCGGCGCCUUGCUGCAGGCCACGUCCUUCAGCCUGGGACAGUUCAUCUGUGGCCGCGCCGUCAGCGGCGUCGGCCAGGGCGCGUUCCUCGCCAACAUCGCCGUUUACAUCGCCGAGAUCGCGCCCUCGAGCCGGCGCGGUCGCCUGGCUGCCCUGCCGCUAUUCAUGACCACGGUCGGCAUCUGCCUCGGCUAUUUCUCCUGCUACGCGACGAGCAGAUCCCUCGAUGACAGCAUGGCAUGGCGUCUUCCGUAUGUACUCAUGGUGGCCGUCUCCGUCAUGCUCGCCCUUGCGUGUCGUGUGUUGCCCGAGUCGCCGCGUUGGCUGCUGCUCUGGGGGAGGACAUCGGAUGCAAUGACCGCGCUGGUUUUGCUUGACUUUAACAUGGACGAGGCCCGUCGGGAUUUUCUUAAUACCCCCCAAGAGCAGUCGAGUCUCUCGAUUCGUCAGAAUUUCAUGCUGCCUUUCAGAGGCCCGUACCGCUCCAGGACCCUUCUGGCCCUGUUCAUAUUGUCUAUGGUUCAGCUAUCAGGGAUCGACGCCAUCACUUAUUAUGCACCAGCACUCUUCGAUCAGGCAGGGAUCUCCAAUUCCAACUCUUCGCUCGUUGCUUCGGGGGUCUCAUCCAUCACUAUGCUUCUCAUCUCCAUCCCUGCCUUCAUGUUGGCCGAUAAAUGGGGACGGCGAACCUCGGCAAUCAGCGGUGGUGUCUUCCUAUCGGGGCUGAUGAUAUUAAUCGGAAGCCUUUACGCAGCUGGUUCCGUCGGUCCCGCAGGCGCAGCGCGAUGGGUCGUAAUCAUCUCCGUCUUCGCCUUCGGCAUGGCGUAUUGCGCCACCUGGGGCAUCGUUGCGAGGAUCUAUGCCAGCGAGAUCCUCCCAGGCAACACGCGAGCCGCAGGAAACGCGAUCGGGAUGGCUUGUAGCUUCUUUGCAAAUUGGCUGGUCGCACUCAUCACGCCGAUAUUGCUAUCGGAAUCGGCCUACGGCGCCUACUUUCUCUUUGGCGCUUUGACCAUAUUCACUGUUGUUGUUCUCACGGUUUUUAUGCCCGAGACUCGCGGCCGCUCACUCGAGAACAUUCAAAGCGAGUUUCGGCGCCCAGUCUUUGAGAACAUGAUCGGUUCUCUAUGCCUUCCAGGAGUCCGUCGCCGCGCUGCCGCUUCUCAAGGGGCUUCUGAGUUCCCUCUUGAGUCGCAGCCCCGGCCUACUGAGCCGUCAUAUGUGGCAAGCUCAUCUGCAGUCGCAUCUUGA